AUGGACGCGCCCAGCGCCGGCGGCCAGCCAAACCCCCCUCCACCGCCGCCACCACCACCACCUCCAUUACCCGAGACAGGAUCCGAUGCCGAGCCGCAAGAACUCGAGGAAGAAGCAAAAGAACUACCAGGAGAGGAGGCAGCAGCAGAGGAAGCAUUCCUUCUGGCGCCGCCGCCGGAAGGCGCCGCCAAUAACAUGGCGUCGUCUCCUCCCGACGGCGAUGGAGGAGGAGGAGAGGCCGGCGGCGAGCCAAUCGUUCCCCCUCGUCCGCCAACUCCGCCAACACCACAGCACCAAUCAUCGACGGCGGACACGGAGGCGGACGGUGACGAGCAACCGCCGCCGCCGCCGCCGCGCGCGCUCCCAGCGACCGGAGCGGGCCAGACUCAACCACCCGGUGCCCCGGCGAGCAAGCCGCCGGAGCCAGCGCCGCAGAAGCGGCAGCAACAAGAGGGCGUUGCUGCUAAGGAGACCUCCUCGGCUGCUCACGGCGGCGACGGAGGCAGAAAGAAGACGGCGUCCAGCCGCUGGAGCAGGGUCCGAGCCGUCGUCUGGAUAUACACCCUCUUCCGCCGCAAGCGCCCUUCUCCUCCGACUCCGAGCGGGAAGGACGACGGCGGCGGUGCAGGGGCGCCCGACGAGGGGGAGGAGGGCAAACGCGAGGGCGGCAUGACAGGUAAGGACAGCAAAGGCAAAGACGACAAGACGCCGGAGGUGAAGCAGUUGGAGGAGGAGAAGAAGGAGAAGGCGACGGGGACAGCGGAGGAGGAGAGGCGGAAGGAGAGGUGGACGAAUCUCCGGGAGCCGCAGCUGCAGAAGAUCCUCGAGGAGGCGUUCACGAAGCUGCUCGCCGGCGAGUUCGACCAGCUGAAAGAGCAGUGGCGGUGCUGCCUCGUCACCUUCGCCGCCUUCCCCGUCGACCACCGGGUGAAGAAGCAGGCCGUGACGUACUGGUGGGCCGCCCAGUUCGGGCUCCCGCACCACCUCCGCGACGGCGAGACGGCGCCACUGGGCGCGGAGGAGAUCUUCCGCGAGCUCUGCGGCCGCGGCUUCCUCGAGCCCAUCAAGAACCGGUGCAGCAAGGCGUCGCACGGCUGCCGCGUCAACCCGCUGGUGCACUGGAUGGUGAAGCGUAAGGCGAGGGAAGAAGGCUCCCUCGUCGACCUCGACGAGCGCGGCGAGCCGGCGGACCAGCAGCCCAAGUCCGCCGUCCUCUGCCUCACGGCGAGCAACCGCGACCGGCUGCAGAGCAUAGCCAGGUCGUCGGAGCCGCCGCUGUUCUUGGAGAAGAAGAAGUCCGGCCUCCAGCGAAAGAAGCCCAAACAAGCAACGACGCUUUCCCCUCCAGACCAAGCUAAGGAGCAACAAAAUGGCAAGACCCUCUCCGAGUUUAAAAACAAACGGGUGAUCCUCAACAUCAAUGCACAUGUGUAUUGUCUCCCAGAUAGCCUGUUACUCUUCCUUAGUGAUAACUUGGUAGUGCUACAACUUGGUCGAUGGUGGAACUCUGAUAAUGACACAUAUAUGGAGGUGGAGAGGCUAGAGAAACUGAGUGCAAUUGGAAACCUCAAGAACCUUCGAUACCUUGGGAUGUGUGGGUUGUCAAAGUUGACGGAGCUACCCAAGGAGGUCGGGAAGCUAUUAAAGCUUGAAGUUCUAGAUGUCCGAGGGUGCCAAAACCUAACUUGUGUAUCAUCUAGUAUUAGCAACCUUAGACAGUUAACCCACUUGGACUUAACUGAAUGCUACAUGCUGGAGCAAAUCAGGCGGGAGAUCACCUUCCUUUCAGAGCUUCAAGUCUUCAAGGGAUUUGUCUUUAGCACUGAUGCAGAAGGAUAUUGGAACAAGAUGUGUCGUUUACAGGACCUUGGGGGGAGUAUGAAGAAACUUCACAAGCUCAGUAUAAAUGUCACCACCGAUGCAAAUGUUGACAAGAAUGAGAUGGCACAACUUAGAUUUCUUGAUGCCCUCAAGUCAUUAACAAUAACAUGGGGUGAGUUGCCAAGCGUCUUAACAUCUGCUGGAAGAUCUAAGCAAAAAGAUCAACUCCUUGAUAAGUGGACUAGCCUAGUGUUGCCUCCAAACCUUGAGAAGCUAGAUGUCCGGUGUUAUCCCAAGAAAGAAAUUCCAUCUGAGUGGUUUAAACCAAAAAGGCGUGUUACUCAUGAAAAGCUCAUGAAGCUAUAUGUGAGAGGUGGGGCAGUGGAGAAGUUAGAUCUUCCUGAGGAUAACAAAAUUGAGAUUCUACGACUAAGAUAUCUCAAGGAGUUCAAUAUGAAAUGGAGUAAAAUGCAUGAUAUGAUGAAAAAUCUUCGUUAUGUGGAGUUUGUUGUCAAUGAUUCUAAGGUUAUGAAGAGUAAAAAAGGAAAACAACAAGAUGCCAAUGUUGAGCUAAAACCUAACAUACCAGAAUACAUCUUGGAUGAGCAUGGGGUGUGGGAAUUGGAUAAACUGGAACCUAGACAAAACAAGAAAGAUUCGGGAGAUCCUCAAGGUCCUACUACAGAGCAGCCAACGAACAAUAAUGUGGAGACUGGUGGGGUCGUUGCUUAUCAUAAUGAAGAUAUCCCAAAGACUCAUGACUCUAAAAAAGCUCAUGAAGGGAUGAAGAUAGAAAGGUCCAAAACGACAUCAAGCAAAUAUCCUCUAGGAGAAAUGGAGGAAAAAAUAUCAAUGUGACAAGAUCAUCAACAUUACAACAUCAUGUCUCCAAAAUGGUAUCCUAGGUUCGACUCCUUGUUGGAGCGAUUAUUCCAGGAUUCUAACGGCUUUGUGCUUUCAGGCGUAGGCGUCGUUCCUCGCUGAUCAGGCUUCAGAGGUGCUCAUAGGGGUAGGGUUUGCGUGCGUGCGUUCUUAGAGAGAGUGUGCGUGUGUUGUGAGCGUCUGCGUUGUACUGUGUUUUAAAAAAACACUACUCUUUACACCACAUACAAGAUGUAUCAUUCGUCCAAUAGAAGAGAAGAAUUUCAAGCCAAUGAAAGGUGCAAUAUUAUGUGUAAGUCUUAUUAUGUUGUUUUUGUUGAUCCCCAAAGAACUUUAA